UUUGUUGUACGCACCCCGAACCCCACGUGUUACGUUUGAAUAGUCCCGUCACAUCGGCUGGCCUCCACCAUGUUGGAGGAAAUCCGCCCCAGGGCUGCUGCUCCUCACUCCCUGUCAGAUUAGAGUUUAAUCCGAGGAGGAGGAGGAGGAGGAGGACGCGCUAUCAAGACGCUGCCUGCAUCUUGGAGGGAGUCGUAACGUGCCAGGUUUUUUUUUAGGUUUUUAAAAAAAAUAUAUAUAUAUGUGUGUGUGUUUGUGUGUGUGCACACUAAAUAAAGGCAUCUCUAGGUCCUGCUGUCACUUUGCUUCCCCCCCCCCCUCACCCUGCAAAUCACGACGGGCGGGUACAAAAUGAGCCGCCGGUCCUUCGUUGCUCUUUCUGCUUGUCCGCUGACUUGCCAAGGCGUUAAGAUGUUAGCUGGCUAACUAGCUGGAAAAGACUAACUAAAUCGGAUUACCUGCUUCCUCUGGGGGAACACAUUCGUUGCUCGAGCUUGUCAACUGCUGCAGCUCCAAUGUUCCUCGUGCGUAUUCAUUGUCGUUUUUAGUUCAUCGCAUCUCCAGGAUUGUGCCAAGAGCCGCUUUAAGCUUGAGUCAUUCGCUUCGCGUUAAUAUUGUAAGCUAGUCUGGUUAUUGGUCAAUUACAGCAGCAGGAGCUGGAGGUGGGAAGCGCGUGAGGGACCGCGAACAUUAAAGCGGUGCCGCCGACCCAGCCGAAAGUCUGGACGGGCGGGCUUAUGCGCUAGCCUCUCCGCUGGAUAGCUGGAUCCGGAACUGAAGCUCUCCCCCCCCCCGCUGAAGGCAGAGAUGUCAGGGAAGGAUAAAGACAAGGAGAAACAGUCCACCACAGAGCGGCUAAUCAAAGCUGUGCCGUACCCUCCACAGCAUAAGCUAACGACGAAAGAACUGUUUGAAGACGGAAAGCCCAACGCCGAGCUGCUCCGCAACCACCUGGUGAAAGAGGGCCGAGUGGAGGAGGACGUGGCCCUGAAGAUCAUCAACGUCGGGGCCAACAUCCUGCGCCAGGAGAAGUGCAUGCUGGAGGUCGAGGCGCCCAUAACGGUGUGCGGCGAUGUCCACGGACAGUUCUUUGACCUUAUGAAGUUGUUUGAAGUUGGAGGCUCUCCCAGUAACACGCGGUACCUGUUCCUCGGCGACUACGUGGAUCGAGGUUACUUCAGUAUCGAGUGCGUUCUCUACCUCUGGUCGCUUAAGAUCAACCACCCCACUACGCUCUUCCUCCUGCGUGGGAACCACGAGUGCCGGCACCUCACCGAGUACUUCACCUUCAAACAGGAAUGUAAAAUCAAAUACUCUGAGCGGGUAUACGACGCCUGCAUGGAAGCCUUCGACUGCCUGCCACUCGCUGCCCUGCUCAACCAGCAGUUCCUGUGUGUUCAUGGGGGACUCUCGCCAGAAAUCAACUGCUUAGACGACAUAAGAAAAUUAGAUAGAUUUAAAGAGCCGCCGGCGUUUGGGCCGAUGUGUGACCUGAUCUGGGCUGACCCCGGUGAGGACUACGGCAGCGAAAAGACAGCCGAACACUUCAAUCACAACUCUGUGCGAGGCUGCUCGUACUUUUUCAGCUACGCAGCAGUUUGUGACUUUUUGGUUAAUAAUAACUUGCUCUCGGUAAUAAGAGCCCAUGAAGCGCAGGAUGCAGGGUACAGGAUGUACAGGAAAAGCCAGACCACGGGCUUCCCGUCAUUAAUCACAAUCUUUUCAGCUCCAAAUUAUUUAGACGUCUACAACAACAAAGCUGCUGUAUUAAAAUAUGAGAACAAUGUGAUGAACAUCCGACAGUUCAACUGCUCCCCCCACCCCUACUGGUUGCCCAACUUCAUGGAUGUCUUCACUUGGAGUUUGCCUUUUGUUGGAGAGAAAGUGACCGAGAUGCUGGUGAAUAUAUUAAACAUUUGCUCCGAUGAUGAGCUCAUGUCAGAAGGAGACGACCUGUAUGAAGGUGGCACAUCGGCGAUGCGCAAAGAGGUGAUCCGGAACAAGAUUCGUGCCGUGGGGAAAAUGGCACGAGUUUUCUCAGUUCUCAGGGAGGAGAGUGAGAGUGUGCUAACGCUGAAAGGCCUCACCCCUACUGGAACUCUUCCAGUGGGAGUGCUGUCAGGGGGGAAGCAGACUUUACAGAACGCUACCAUUGAAGCAGCUAAAGCAAAAGCCAUUCAAGGUUUCUCUCCCACGAGGAAGAUUCGCAACUUCGAAGAGGCCCGAGGCCUGGACAGGAUAAACGAGAGGAUGCCGCCGCGCAAAGACGGCCAGCAGCCGGACGGGACGGCCGUGAACGCCAACGCCCCCAGCAAGAACGGCACCGACGGAUAGAGGGAGGCGCAGGACCUCCCGUAUCCUCACAGAACCCAUACCGCCCCACUCCCAGCUCCCAAAACAAGCUCUGUGUGCGUCUCUGUCCGUCCGUCUGUCUGUCAGUCUGUCUCCGCUGCUGAAACUGUCUGUCCACCUUUUGCUCACGUGGACCACAGAGUCGGCAGCUUCAGUGGAUAAAAUCUGGUGGAGCCCAUAGUGCUGGGAAAACACUUCCAAGAACCAAGAGAAGAAGAAGACAAAAAACCGCGACAUACUGAAUGAUGAGCCUGCCGGGGCAGUCUGAUCUUAUUUAUUGCAGUUUAUAUAUAUUGGAUUUAUUUAAUAGCGAGUAAUGGUUGAAGACAGUUGUGUAAAUGUAAACUGACACUGAACUCAUGUGAAACAAUUUUUUUUCUUUUUAAAGGGAGAAUCAACCAGAGCUCUUGUUAUGUAGGCAUUUCAGCCACUUCAAGUUAGCUUUUUUAAUUAUUGUUAUGCAUUUUUAAUAAGGGAAAAGUACAAAUACUGUCCUGAACAGCCUCUUUGGACUCCGGUUCCGGUCCGUACGGAGCGGUGUUUCGUUUUUGUGAUUCACUUGACUGAUGGUCAACUUGAUCUUCUCUGUCUAGUUAUUGAUCAGUCAGAAAUUCAAAAGUUCUGAUCUUUAAUCCAAUCAGUGAAUGCACCAUGCUCACCAGGUUGUUGUAAUGUUAUUAUUUAAAGUGGAAGUCGUUACAAAGUUCACACCAGCACAGUUUAGUCUGCUUUAAUCAAACUCCAACUCGUUUCUUUUAGAAAGUCCGGUUCGUUUGGGGAGGUGUGGACGCAUAGACGGACGUACAUGUAGACCAGAAAAGCGAACUCUGGUCCUCCUGCAGACCUCGACCUCGGUUCGGUUUGAGUGAACUCUGGUGCUGUUCGAAUGCAUAUGUGAAUGUCAAGCGGACAGCAGACUGCUCCAGAAGUAGAAAGUAAAAUGCAGGGCAUUCUGGGAAAAUACAACCAAAACAAACAUGCGAGGCGCGUGGUCUUUUGCCAAAGACGGAAGAGAAAUCCUAAAACCGCUACAAUCUGACACCACUUUUAUUUUGUUUACAUUUUGUGAAGAAGGAAGUCACGCUCGGUGUGUUCUUUAGAGAUUUUUGUGUCGUUUCAGAGGCUCUUGGUGCAGCAACACCGCAGGCAAGGAGGUAGAAAGCUUACUGAAAGGUUUAGAUGGUUUGAUAAGGUGCAGUGUGAAAGCGAAUCGAUGAAAAUGCAACAAAUGUGACUGUUUUUUGAUCAGGUGUGAAAACACUCAAGGUUUUUGGAAGCUGUCCUAAAGGAGACAGUUUUAGUUGGAGACGAGUCUGUUCUUCAUUCAGGCUGGAGGAGAGCGAGAGAGAGCAAUACUUGGAGCAGACAACAGGAAGGCUGAAUGGUACACAUUUUGGGCUUUCAACCUCUGCAGUGAGAAGACUCUACAUUCUACAAAAUAGACUCCAUGAUCAACUGCAGUAACUGAACUAAUGCUAAAGCUAGAUGUUAAAGAUGUUUUAAAUCUUUAACCCUGUACAACUCCACAUUGUUUUAAAAUAUUAGGAAUAUUACUCUUAACAUCACACCUGUUCCUAACAUAAGACUUCCAUAAGGAGGUCGGGUGAGGAAAAAAAAAAGUUAUAUGAUGGUUCUUUAGGAGAAAUUGGAGUGUGUGACAAUCAGAAGGCUUGAAGCUUCAGAAACUGACCACAGAAUUUGAAUACGGUACUGAAAGUCUGUCAUUUGAAUGUAAUUUUAAUGUAAAUGAUCGUUCAAUACUCUGAGACUGAAAUCCUCCUUUGUCUUUUUCCCAAAGACGGUUUCUGUGUGUAUCCAUAUGAACAGGUUCAGGUGUUGCUGUUCAGGAACGACGUUUAUAUGAAGGAUGUGUCGAUAAAAUAAAACAAAGUACCCUCACUUUGUGCAAUCACAGUUGCCAUCGGGUACACACGCUGUUGCCUUGAUGGCAUCAUUGGUUCUCAGGCAACAUGCUUCCUGCUCUGGUCACACUAGCUGCGUUUCCGUUACCACGGCGCGCAAAACUUUGUUUGUUCCCCUAAUGUCGGAACAAACACAAUUUCGCAAUUGUUGUGUUUUUAUUCAAUAAGAAACGCAAUUAAAAUGCCGCAUGACUAAAUUAAUUAACGCAAUGAGUCAUUUAGAAACAUGCCGUGUCACGAUCUUCCAACUCCUUCCUGCCGUCAUCUUCUUUGCGGUUUGCAACGUCCGGUUGUUAACGUGACUCAUGACGCAGAAAAUGUGCUUAAAUUUGAGUUUUGUAAAAUAAACCAAUUUUCAAUUCAGCCACCCCACGUCAUCCUAGCACCAAAACUUUUGAUAGAAAAACUUAUUUUUUUCUUCGAAAUUACUAUGCUUCCAUUAAGCAAAUUUAUUUUCGAAGCGUCAAAUUGCGCAAUAACUUGGUCAGUGGAGACGCAGCUACUGUUGGAUCGAAGUCUUGAAUAUCAAGUUUAAGAGAACCGGCUUCUGUAAAAAACAAAAAAAAAAACGGACAAUAACUUUAUUUUCUCACACAAAAAGGAGAUAUUUAUGGAGUGCUGUGGACACUGGCAACCCUUCUCCCCAAGAACUGCUUCGUUUGGAACCGUGUUCGACUCAGUUUGACUCUCGAAGUUCCAUUUGAAGACUCUAAAAACAGAACUGGGGCGUGCCCAGCUUUUGUUUCACUGUUCUCAUGUUGAAUAUACAGGUUGACGAUUCUUUUUGGCUCAUAGCCGUGAACACGGCACAAGAAGAAGAAGAUUGGAAACGCCAAGCGGCUUUGACGACGCCGUACGCAGACACAAUGGACUGAGUCACUCUGCUCAGCGGGGACGCUGCUAUAAAAGGAAGCGCCUCCGCACUCCAGGCCUAACCGUACUUUCCUCAUCUCAAGGAGGGCUGACUCAGAGAUGUAGUAUUUUUAAAAGACUCGCCGUCCCCUCUAACUCUGUGGGGCCAUCGACACCUGCUGAGACACCCGGUGUGUGUGGGCGUGUGUGUGUGUGUGUUUUCCCUUUUUCUCAGUGAUCUAACUCUCUUCAGGCACUCGUCUGUUCACAGUCACUCCCAGCCCUUUAAAACCCGUUUUUUGAAACUGGUGCUCCGACACACCUGGCUGUAACUGCAUUGGAUUUCUUUUUUUUUUAACAAGGUAGGUGCAAGUAAGCUUUAAGAUUCGGUAUUGUCCGGUAAAUUGACGGCUUCUUUUUUAAAUGAGUACAAAAACGAGGGGCAGCAUCCGCAGGGUUUUCACGCAGUCUUCUUUUUUUGGAAUUUGGUCAGAAGAAGUACGGAAAAAGAAAACUUUAUCCAAACGUCCGUCCUUCUGUCCAUCAUGGUGUCCUUCGUUCCUAGUUUCCUUCCAUUCUUUCUUCCUUGUCUGUCCUUUUUGUUUCCUACCUAGCUUUUGCUCCUUCCAUCCAGGUGUCCUCAUCUCUGACCUUUGACCCUUCUUUGUCUUUCCUUUUUGAGUCCUUCCCUUUUGACUUCCUUGUCUUUCCUUCCUUUAUUUCCUUUUUCUCUCCCUCAUUCUGUUCGUCCUUUAACUCUUCCUUCCUUGCUCUCUUGUCAUUCAUUUGUUCCUGCUAUGCCUAACCUUGUCUUUCAUUGUUUCCUUGUUUCUCACGUUCUUUUCUUCCACCCUUCUAUCUCUAUUUUUUCCUGGUUUUUACUCCUUGUGACCUUCCACCAUUCUGGGCUUUUCUUCCUUGCCCUUCUUUUGCUUUCUUUCCCUUUGUCUUUCCUUCAUGUCUUCAAUUCUUCCUUGUGUUCUUCCUACCCUCCUGCCUUUUUGUCAUUCUUUCUAUCCUUCCUUCCUCCUUUAAACCCUUCAACUUCUUUUGUGUCCUUCCUUCCUACCUGUCAGUCUCUGGUAUCUGCAGGUUUCAUAAAAAAAAAAUAUUUUUGAAAAACUUGCCAUAAAUUGACAGGGAAUGUUUUAAUUUCAGUUAGAAAACUGAAAUGGAUGUAGAAAAGUGUUUUUAUUUUUUCUUCUUCUACACAUAAAGUGUGUAGGACUCCUGUGUAUGUGGGGAAGCUUGUAGUCACACAAGACUUUGAACUUGAGUUACUUGUUGAACAUGUUACCUUUUGCAGUGCGGCUCGAUAGAUUUCUGGACUUCUCCCAGGAAAUGAAGUAUUUGUUUUUUUGGUUUACAUUCAUAUCUGUGAUGUUGGAAAUUGUUUUUAAGGCUUUCCAGGGUGAGCCAUACAGUGUACUGACUCCUGUCAGAUCUUAAACAUAUCUUUAAGAAUGUUUGGAAAAAAAAAAAUCUUAUGUUAGCUGUAAUAAAGGGUCGAGAAUUAUAUCGCAUAUGUCAUGCAAGGCCAUGAAUUUGUUUAUGUACAUGUAUCUUUUGGGGGGGGAAUAAAAUAAAUUCUAAACAUUGA